AUCUUAGAAGCUCGAGUUCUAGCUGAAUAGCAGCUGAACACAGCGUUUGACAGGAGCCUAACAUCACUGCCAUGGCUUCUAUUAGCAUACUUUAACCUACGGAGAUUGGGUCAUAUAACUUCGUCCUACCCUCACGUCUACUCAAUCAGGUCUCCCUUCGCCCCUCUCUAGCAAUGACGAGUCGCUGCCACAGGGACAUAUUAGUUUUUGGAGGUUUAAAAGACGGCCAUUCGAGCAUAAUCGGCAGGAUCAAUGCGCCUAUCCUUACGUCUAUUCACGACGUAGACGGCAUAAAUGGGGAAGUAUUCGAAUUCGAACAAGGCAUCGUGACGAUGUUCGAAGUGUCGACCUUCAUGGAGAACAUCGAAGAUCAACGAGGAGCCUUCGAACAGCUUUCUUCCUUCCUGGCGACGAGAUUUGCCGCAGGGCAUGAUUUUGCAGGGAUAAUAUGGCAGCAGAAUAUCUCCCAUACCCGAGUUAAUGGCCCUGAAAGAGAACAUAUCGCAUUACUGAGGUACCUGUGUGGCGAUCAUGCACUCAAGAACCUCGUCGUUGCUACAAGGACGUGUGAGGACAUUCCCCAAGAGGUUGCCGAUGCUCGAGAGGAAGAGUUGUCUCUCGGCGAUCGCAUUUGGAAGCCAGCAUUAGAGCAGGGGGCUAGGCUUAUGCGCGAUUAUGGUGCUACCAAGUCUGCACAUGACAUCGUCUCUGCACUGAUGGAGCUGUCUCCGAAUACGUUGCUCAUUCAGAAACAGAUGGUCGAAGUCGGUUUGACAUUCCCGAAUACGACUUUAGGGUUGGCACUCGAUUCCAAAGUGAAUGAUGCUGCCGAUCGUUAUCACAAAGACCUUCAUACCGUGAAGUACAGGAUGGUGGACCGCAUGGUGCCAAAGCUAACGAAUGAGGAAAUGCAGGAGCUCGCGAAGAGGUAUGCUGAAACAAUGGGCUCGGAAAUUCGUGAGGACAGAGUUGGUGACGUUGAAGGCCCAUUGAGGACGAACGACGGCAAGUUACAUGCGAUGGUGACCCACGAGAAACCGGAACAACUCGAAAGCAUGUUUGAUGUACGGUUCGGACGUUUGCAAACACAGCAUGAAGAGUUGCGCGGGAUUGUGACGGGACUGAAGGAAAGACUACAAGCCUUCGAGGCCGUUCGCGACAAUAGGGCCGAACGAGAGCUCUUGAGAAUCAAGUGGGAAGAGGAGAGGAAAGCGUUCAAAGCAAAGUUUCGAAAAAUGGUUAUGGACCACGAUGCAGAGAGACAAAAGUGGACCCGGGAGCUUGACGGGAAAAUCAGGGACCUGCAACGCCAAAUGCAGGAAUUGAGAGCCCAGAGUGGAUCAGUUCAUAACAGCCAUAACCGACGGAGCCGUUGUUGAUUGUAGAUAAUCCAGUAGCCACUGAUCAUAGUUACCCGCUAUACACUGCUCAAAUCCGUCUGUACGUCCUAAGU